CAUUGUUUUGCGAGUCAAAAUACACACUCUCUCUCUCUCUCUCUCUCUCCGUUUCUUCCAAAACCCCACCCGUCCUAAACCUCGUUUUCUCUCGCUGUAUCCACAUCUAUUAAGUGCAGAAAUCUUAGUUUCAUUCUUCAUCCAUGGAUCCACAACCUGAACCAGUCAGCUACAUCUGUGGAGAUUGCGGGAUGGAGAACACCUUGAAGCCGGGUGAUGUGAUUCAGUGCCGGGAAUGUGGUUACCGCAUCUUGUACAAGAAGCGAACCCGGAGAAUUGUUCAAUAUGAAGCACGCUGAGGGAGAGGGUUGGGGAAAUUAUCGUCUUUAUUGAAUACAUGGUGUUUGGCUUUGUCUAUACUUCUGAAUGGUAAAGUAUAAAAUGGUGAUGGUCUUCUUUCGAACUUGAACUUGAUAUUCUGUAUCAAAGGGUGUGGCCGUGAGCUCUUUUUACAUUAAUCUUUGUCAUUUUAAAUAGGCCAUGAUGCUUCAUGUCAGUCUCUAGUCCUGAAUCCUGAUGAAUAGCAUGUAUUAAGGCGUGGGCUUUCUACAAACGCUUAUAAAACAUUGUUAGGAUGUGGUGUUUUUUUGGCUUGAAGCUAUGAUUCUUAAGAAGAGAGCUGCUCUAAAUAUUGGUUUUUGGGUGCCAUGGAAUA